AUUGUUAUUAAGUGGUUAAAAUGAAAAAAAGAAGUACAGUCUGGAUUCGUGAUGGUAAAAAUUCAGCUGUAAUACUCGCUGGCUCUCUGUUCCAAAGUUUCUUUCUAUUCUCAGCUCAUACAGCGGUGCCCAUGGGCAACAGGACAAAUAACCUUCAGAGCAUCAUUCCUUUCUGGAUCCAGUUCUUUACUCCUCUGCCCUCCAGGGGCCGCUGUGUUUCCCGGAAUGCGCGCGGGAUGCUUGGUGGCCUCGAGACCGUCGCCAGGCAACCGCGUGCGUACACCCCGCAGGCCGGCCGGGGUCGCGUCAAUAUGGCGGCGCAGGGCACCAGCUCUAGCCCUCUGUCGGGCACGUCUGCCACAUCCACGUCGCCCCAAGAACUGCCAUCGACCACACCCCUGACUUCGACUGCAAUUUCAGAGUCGCCCCGGGAGUCGAAGGCGAGCUCCCCGAGCCCGCAGCCUCAACGAGCCAGUCCCGAGGACCCGUUGCCCAUCGCCGCGUUUUAUGGGCCGUUGGACGCUAAAAACCCGCUCCUCGCCUCUUUCGAGAAGGAAAUUCGGGAGUUGUUAGGCUUUAUGAAGAAAAAGCAGGUUUUAGCGACGACGGCGGAAGAGAAGCACGAAUUCCAUCGGCGUUGUGCCACCUCUUUGUUUAAUAUCUGGACCAAAUACGCCCCCCGGCUGCCAGAUGACUAUUACAACGAAAAGCUUCUGAAGGUUGGAGAUAGCCUUUGUCAAAUGAAAGAAUACAAACUGGCUCUUUGGCAGUGCUAUGGAAGAUAUCUUCAGCAGUUUUGUACCAAUUUUGAUGAGGAUAAAGCAGAUGCGAGACAAUUCAAAACUGUCUUUUUUCCAAAAGGCUUUGGAGAUAAAACUGCUGCACUUACAUUUCAUGCUUUGAGUGCCAAAAAUAUUUGCAAUUACCAGCUGCUCUGUGAUGCUGAUGUCAACCUGCAGAAUAAAGAAUCUGUGAGCCAGUGUCUGUCUAUCUUGUUCUCCUUAAGGCUCAUCAUGGAGGUAGCUCUCCCACAAGAGCACCUUUGUUGGAUUAUCUUCAAUGGCACCAUUUAUAUUUACACCAUUUGCAGGAAACUGAUGAUCGUAGGUCAGUCCUCCAAGGCCUUGGAAUACCUGCUGUGGGCCAGCAUGUGUAUGGAGUCCUCGGUCUCGCUCCUGUCUGUCAGGUACUUGACAUGGAGAGCCACCCUUUACACUGCUGUUUGCCAGUGCUACUAUGACUGCCAAGCGGGUGUCCAUGGGGAGGCAUUUGCUCGGCGUGGAUUAGCUAAAAUUGAUGAGUUAAGGCAACUGGAAUUAAUGAGUUCUUCACAAUCACAGGAUGAAUCCAAAAGAUAUUUUAGAGAGGCUACGAUAAAGAUGGCGGUGAUGAUCUUCAAAAGAGGAGUAUUUGAAUCUAGAAGAAAAGUCAAAACUAUCUUUAGACCAAAGAUAAGACUUAAUCUAAAGGAAGCUCAGAGUUUGCCGUGGCCACGUACCAUCACAGACCGGCUGUUAGAUGAAAUGUUUGAUAACUCCGCAUCCCGCUUUCUGGCUGUCUUGGAGGCUCUUUCUGAUCCAAACAGGCGAAUACUACAAACUGGUCCUGUUGUAUCUGAUGAAGUGGAACUUCGUGAUGUUGUCUCAGAACUGUUUAUAGCUGGGAAAGAACUUUUAAUAAUUUCAAGUAUUGGUCCGAGUGGAACGAUUGGUUUUCCCAACACACCUCUUACGGAAAGAACAAAUGUUAUUUCUCUGGAUGCUGCUGUAAAGUUUAUAAAAUUAGCAUUUACUUAUGAAGAAUGGGGUUUAUUUGAAUCUUUAGCUAUGCAGCUUAUUUAUUUUCUCCAGAGGCAGGAUGAUCCACAGUCAAAGCAAGCAGAGAAGGAUUUAACUCUUCUGAUUGCAAUCGAACCACUAAUCAACCUAAAGAAAAACAAAGGUUUGAUACUUCCUUUGGACAGUUAUAAAGAAGGAGAGUCAGCUCAAAUUUAUUUAAAGCAUCUAGUUUCACAUGAUUCUUAUGUGAGGAAUUAUGGAUAUUCAGAAGAUAUUUUUCAUUUGGCAGCUGUCCUGUAUGUCUGUGUCUGUAACUCUCCCCAGGAUGUUCAGCCUGAUAAAGAAAUAGUUGUGGACAUGAUAAUGUUCCUAUGGCAGAAAUGCAAAUUAGGAAUUCAGAAGAUCAUUAUGUCCAGAAACGAGUAUAAAAAAUUCACCCAGAAAAUCCACAGUAAUAAGUGGUUUUAUCUUCUGUGGCAGAUAAAUGAAGUGAUUCACAACUAUAAAUUGGAAGACAUUGACAUUGCAGUGGUGGCAGAGGUCACAUUACGAUUAAGUGAAAUAUUAGAGUUUUUAGGAAGCCCAAGAAGAAAAUUUAAAAAAUAUCCAGAUGUACCUUUAAAAACAGAGAUUAAGAUAUUCCCUGGGACUCCAAAAAGAAUCAUGGAAGUUCUUCCAAUAUUAAAGAAAAGUCCUGUGGAACAAUUGUUUUUUGCUUAUGAACUUCUUGACAAAGUAAUUGGUGUGAUGAAUUUUAAUUGUGUUUUAACUACUUUGCCAAGUGGAUCACCAGUAAUUGACCACUGCUAUGUCAAGUAUGCCCCUGAGGUUGAUGGAAAUUGUUACAAACCAAUCACAGCAAAUACUUUCAUAAUGGAUUUGCAUCUUGAACUAAUUCAAGCUCAGCACAGGAUAGCUGUUGUACUUCUCGACCAAUUGCAAGUUUUGCAGAUUCCAACUUCGAGCAAAAACAUUUCUGCCAAAGGUUCAGAAAAGCAAAAACAAUCCAGAAGUGAUGAUUGUUUUACAGAAUUAACUGUAAUGAAUAAAAUAAAGAAGAACAAACUAUCCAAAGCAAUUUACUUAAUGCAGAAAGCUCUUGUAUUAUAUGAGAAAGAGGAAACCUGUACAACUUCACAGAAAUUUUUGAUGGAAGCAUAUUCUUUAAUUGAGAAAGUUGAAGCAGAACAAAAUGCCCUAUAUUCAUAUCAGAAAUGUUUGGAAGGCUUAAAAAGGAAGAAGACCAGGAUUCCUCCUCCCCCUCUUCUGCUAUCCCGAACACAUUGUUCUGUGACACUGAAACCUACUCCAUUUAUUUCUGAUGUUAAGGUGGCCUGGUACUGCAUUUUGGGUUGUAAAGCACAAGGAAGCUAUGGGAAAGUGAGGCUCAAUAACAACCAUCUCCCAAAUUCAGGAGAAGUGAUUCCAGCUGAUGGUAAAAGCAUUUUUGAAGUGAAAGGUUUGGAAACUAAUGAAAAAUAUAUAUUUGCGGUUGCUGCUUAUUCUUCUAAUGGGAAGCUUGUUGGGGAUGCUAUUGGGGAGACAACUAAACCAAUUUUGGUUUAUCCACCUCUUUCUGCUGUUACUGCUCGGAUGUAUCUGACACAGGUUGCCUAUCAGGUUGAUAACUAUGAGUUGGCUAAGAAAGUUUUCUCACCAGUUUGGGAUUAUUUUGUUGCCUCACCACUCCAGGAUGAACAAUCCUCUAUUUGUUUGAGAAAUAUAAUGACUAUUACACAGAGAAGAUUAUAUUCAGAUAUUUUGGCAGAGACUUCUUCAAUCCUUUUAUACCUUUUUCUUAGAAAUAUCUUUGUCACAAGUGACAUUAAAAUUAAAGAAGAAAAUCUUUUCUGUGAUAAUAUCAAAGGCAGUGAGGUUUUCCCUGCUCAGCAAGUUGCUAGACUGACUGAAUGUGAGAGAAUAUUAGUGGCAUUGGAACUUAGCAUCUUUUUGAAUGAUUCCAGUUAUGUCCUUCAAGCUGUGACUCAGUGUUAUGGCCUCCUUGCUCCUAUAAUAUAUCACAAUAUUGUUUUGGUACCUGUUGUACAGAUCUUGAUAAAGUGCUUAGUGGUUUUGCAAGGAGUUCUGAAUGUUGUCCACUUGAAGAAAAAUAUUUCGAGUUUUGAAAGUAUACAGCACAUGAUAGCUUGUUGUAUCUACUAUGUAAUAAAGAUUCUACGUUCAUGGAAGGAAUAUGAUAUGGCAGCAAUGGUUAUAAAUUAUGGAAAAAAGAUGUUGGACAUCACAACAGAGUGCAGGUCACUAUUUGGUAAGAAUGAUCCAGAAGAAAUACCAGAUGAGGGUUCGUCUAAGAAAUCUGUAAAAACUAAGAAGCCACAACAGAUAUUGUUGCCUGAAAAAUUAAAUGAACAAUUGACCUUGUUGGAGACACACCUACUCAAACUGAUAAAACAAUAUGUUGCGGCUGAACUCUCAGGAGGAGAAGACCCUAUAUUUCUUUACCCUGUGGUUUUAAAUUGGUCAGUGAAAGGUGCUGUGAAAGAAGUUAUGAAAUUUAAGCACAGACCUAGAUUCCUGGAAUUUUUUACUCAAGUUAUGCUUAAAUGCCUGAAUGAUGAAAAAUUUUCCCUUUUGUUGGAGAUAACAAUUCCUGUCCUUGACUUCUUGAAAAGGAGGAAUGAAUCCCUAAUUGGACAAAGAAGAAUAAAAUAUAGGGACAAUUUUGCUUAUAAAAAGGCAAAUGUACCUUCAAAGAAGUUUAAAGCUGUAGUACUAGAGAUUGGAAGAAAUACAGAUAUAUCAUCAAGGAAAAGAAACAUUAAAAAGGAAACUCUAAGAGAUUUUUAUUCAAAAAAUCCAAAUAUUUUGGAAAUUCCAGAAAAUGAAAGAAAUAAGAGACCCGAUGUUAGAAAAAUAGCACAACGAUACCUGAUGAUUCACAUGAAUCCACUAAUAUUAGAUUAUAUUAAAAGAAAAAGGUUUCAUCAAAUAGUUCUUGAAGAGAUGCCCUGGAGAGCUCAGAUGAACCUGUAUCUGGCAAUCACAUGCUACAACCUGCUUUUACAAAAGCUAGGAGAGUGCACGAAGACGAAACCUGGCAUUUCACACACAAUGGUCAGUUUCCGAUCAUGUGAUCCUAAUAUGUUCUCACUAUAUAAUUCAGGAACAGUAUUGCCAACGGCAAAACUGACUCUGGAAAAUUAUAAAACAAUGCUUGAUUUCCUACUUACAGCUAAAAGAAGAAAGGCCAACUUACCAUCAGAUGCUGAAGAAUUUUCUACAUUUGUGAAUUCCAAAGCUAGUGAAGAUAAUAUGUCUAAGACACAACCAGUUUAUGAAUUGGUCUCUCAAUCAGCUCUUAGUGUCAGAGAAAAGGACCGAGCACAUUUGGAACUGGAUUCUUUUAUGAGAAUCUUUUUAUAUUGCAGGAGAGCCAUGGUUCUUGCUCAUCGUGGUGGCUAUUGGACUCUGCUUCAGAACUGCUGUCGGGCCUUUUGGAACUUUACUCAGGAGCUGCAAAUACUUCUUAAACAGGCAGUAGAUCUUUAUAAAACAUUUCCUGUUAGCCAGGAUACUUUCCUCUGUAUCUCAGUUUUACCAUUCUAUUUGGGAGCAGAAUUACUUAUUGACAUGUUAAUACAUCUACAAAAUAUCGAUUCUGUAAAGUUCAUUGAAGACAAAGGAGAGUUCAUUGUUCCAAGCUGUUAUGGGAAUAUUAAACAUGAUAAUGGUGGUUCUAGCCUUUCUUUUGAGCAUCCUUUGGAUGAUGUAAAUGUGGUUGAUUUGAAAUGGAUCCAUGACUUUGUAUUAAAAUCUCUGGAAGUUUUAUAUCAAGUGGAAAAAUGGGAAACACUAGUAUCGCUUGCCAUUCAAUUCAACAUAAUUUCACAUGAGAGGUACACAGAGCAGGUGACACCACUUCUGGUAUAUGCACAGCGCCAAUUGCUUCUGAGAAUACAGAAGUUCAAGGGCCCAGAUAUUACCCAGCAAGCUUGUGCAAGAUAUGAGGCCGAGUAUGGAGAGAAGAUUACCUGCCGAAAUUUCAUUGGAAAGCAGCUCAAGAUUGAUCCUUCAAUCAGUAAGACAAUAGAUAUAGGGGAUGGUACAAAUUUCCUACAAGUGAUUAUCUAUUCAGAGUAUAACAGAGCCAAACAGAUCAUCUGUGUGCCCGUGGAUGUGACAGACACUUUGAGAUGCUUUAGAGAGACCCUGGAAAAAUCCAAAUACCAUAACAGAUCAAUCCGACACAGCAGAAAGUUGCUUUCAUUAUUUCUGGCACAGACACAAGGAGAUAGAACAGGAAUCAACAAUUUAAAACUCACGCCUGGGAAGGUGGAAUUUUGUCUGGGAACAGAAGAGAUGCACAUGUCAACACCUCCUAAUCUUUCUCAGGAGCACUUCAGAGUUUUUAGUUCAGUGGAGAAAAGCAAACUUCCCUAUUCACAGCUGGGAUUGGUAAUUUCUUCUUAUCACCAAAGUAUUGAUGUUCUCCAUGCCAGCAAUCAAAGAAGUCUUAAAGUUCAGGCACUGCAUACACUUGGAAAUCUUCUCAUCUUUGCAGAAAAGAAAAGGGCUGCUUUUAAGUGUUGGUGUCAAGCUCUUGAUGAUAUAUUCAGAAAACCAGAUGUGCUACAUACAUGGAAAGAAUUUGUUCCCUCCUCCACCAGUGCCCCCAACAGUUGUUCACCUCAGACCUUCAAAGACUACAGUGAGGAAUUUCUAUCAAAAGUUGGCAUUUGGGGGUGUCUUCAAGGUGCAGUCAUAUCCGCAAAGAUAGCUCAAUUUAUUAUAACCCUGAACGUUAACAAGAGAAUCAGCUGCUGCAUUUUUUCUGCAUUACUCUUUCAGGGUUUGCUUCGAACCACACUUCCACAUCCUAAAGCUGAACGUUGUUAUGCUCAGUAUGAAAUCACUCAGCUUCUCCCAGGCAUUGAACUCUUCUCCGAUAGACACAGGGCUGAUAUCUGCUCUGUAGUUGCAAGCUUGUAUUACAUCAUACGUGAACUGCACUAUGCUAAGCAAAAUCUAAUGGUGGUGGCAGCUCUGGUGGUUUCUGUGAAAAUCCGAUGUAAAGGGGUCCUGUCGCUCGCUCUGAGAUGUUGUAUUCCAUCGAGAUUUAACUUAAAAUCUUUUUUUUCUUUACAGAUAGAAGUCCUAACAGAUUUGCACUUCUUUUCUGAGGCCUUUUAUGAGUUAACCCUGAUAUUUUAUGGGAAAAAUAUGCCUUGCCCAGUGCCUUCUGGUUUUAAAGCUACUGGAAAAAUUAAGUUGUUUCAGUCAUUUGAUUCAGGAAAACCUCUUACCAACAAAGAAAACAUACAGGCACUUGAUGAAUUAAUAAAUAGAGGCUCGCCUGUAGUUCUGGUUAUGAUUGGCCAACAGCAUCUUCUAAAUAAAUUUUAUAUGGUUAAGGCACACUUUCUCAUAAGUAUGGCUGCAACAAUAAAUUCUGUACCAGAAAAUUCACUGAAAGCUAUCUACCACGGAGCUAACCACGGUAGCUUUGAGAGGAACAAACCAACUCUCUCUAACUUGAAAGAGCUAUAUAUAAAGGAUGAUGGAGGCUCAUUGUAUCAGCUUACAAAAUUUAAAGAUGAAUUCACUCUUAACAUGCUAAAGACAGUUUUACUGAUGGAAGCUGAAGAGAGGCUAAACUUCCUUGUGUCCGAGGUGGAACAUCCAGGCCACAAGGACCUGUCUCAUUGUUGUGCUGCUGAGUUGGAGAUUGUGGUGGAAGCCCGUCUUCAUCUGGCAGCAAUUGCCCUGCAGAGACACCGGGCAGCAUACAGUGCUGCAAUAGUAUAUUCCACACUUAAACUUCUGCAAGAUUCAAAACUUUUUAAAAAGAAUGUAACGAAAGAUGAUGCAGAGAAGCCCCUUUCUCCAGGCACUUCUACCUCAGAAAAUAAAGAUGAUGAGUUUUUGGACCCUGUUUCCCUGAAUGCUCGAGAAUAUUUCAACAUUCAUCUGUGGUUGAGGUGCCGCUUAGCACUGGUGACUGCUUUUGUCUCACAAAUUCGCGGCAUUGGAAUUGUGAAAGAGAACGAUAUGACAGAUUGUUUGAGCCUCAUCCGUGAGUUAUACGUGGAAGCAAAAAGUGCAGAGGACUUAGAACUACAGGCUGAAUUCUUGAUGCAAGCUGUAAUCCUUGGCCUGCAAGAAAAGCAUUUAAAGGCAGACAUCAUCACAGACCUUCAGGAUAUAAUACAUUUGCUUGAAGGAAAAGAAUUUCUUUCUCCUCGAUCUUUGUUAACUCUGGCGAAAAGCCUUGUUCUACUGGAUGACUUAACAAAAGCUGAGAAAUUCAAGGAAUCUCCCUAUUCAAAACCAGACAAGUUACAAUUUUUGACCCAGGCUCACAACAUUAUUAUUGAACAGAUGCUAACUUUUGGGGAAACAAUUGACUUGCAUUUAUCAAACACUGAAUAUAAAAAUCUAUUACAACCUUUGAAAAAUAUCUAUCUUCCUCAUGUUAUGUUACUGGCCAAAAUAAAAAUGAGAAUUGGACAUACAUUAGCCAAACAGGUAUAUAACAGUAAUAAAAAGAAGGACUCCUCCAAGUGGUUACCUGCUCUUCAUCUUUUUGAUGUUGCACUGAGGCUCUGUAAGAUAACGGCUAUGGAGGAAUAUGAGGUAGAAGCUGAAAUCCUCUUUCAGAAAGGCAAAAUAGAACGUCAAAUAAUGAUGGAAGAGAAAUCUCCAACUUUGCAACUUGAGAGUUUAUAUGAAGCUAUACAACUCAGCUUGAAAAAUGAUCAAAACUCAGGAUUGAUAAGAGAUUCCUACCUCGAACUGGCCUUAUGGUAUUUGUAUCUGAAGAAGCCAAAGAGAAAGAGUUCAGCAACACCAUUAGCACUCAAGCUUCUUUUCAGAAGGCAUAGUUCUAUUAAGGAAUCAACAAUAGAUAUAAUAGAAAUAUACAAUUCACUGGUCUGGAUUGCAAUAAGGGCUGCGGCACAGGUCAGUGAAGCUGUGCUAGCAAUUAACCUACUUAUUGGAAAGAAGAAUGCUAGAACUGACGAAGUCAAUCAAAUGGUAUUGCCAAAUAUCCCAGAGUUUGCCACUGUGGACAUUUUGUCUUCAUACACAGAUUAUUUGCUUGCAUCUGCAAAGCCAGUAUCUGGAAUUUCCUUGCCAGAUGAUACGCUUCUCACAUCCCUUUACAACUCCGAACUGAUUUUACGUGAAAAAGAAAUGCAUUUUUUUCUUAAAAGGCACUUACAGCUGUAUUCGUCCUCUUGUAUUGAUGAAUUCCCAAAAGAACUUUUUCUAGGAUUGGAAAAACCACAUCUUGCAGAGAGAGUCCUAUAUGACACAAUAGCCAAGAUAUAUCAUGACAGUUCCCUGCAGUCUAUCUUUUCUUCAAAACUUCUUUCCAGUACAUCUUCUGUGGACGUUACGUCAUCAGAAAUGGUAGUACCAACUGUAAACAAAGAACUUUGCUUUCAGUGGUACAUUCCUCCCCUGGAAAGACCUCCAAAGGAAGGAGAACCUAUGGUUUUAUUAUUGUGUGCAUACAACACAAAGCUCUUGAAGAGUUCAGAUAUUAAACUUUCCAGUUGGGGCAACAUAUUUGUUGACUCUUUCUGGAUUCCACUGAACAGGGUUAUUUCAGUUCAUGAGAAACUUUCUAAUCUUGCACAAAUAGCUGAACUAUCAUUGCCAGCAACUCCUGAAAAUACUGCAAAUGAGGAUAUAUAUAAAGUGGAUGAAACAGAAGAGAAACCAAUUGGUAAAGAUAUAGAAAACAUGAUUCUUGAAUGCUGCUCUGAAAUAUUAGCUCUGUUUUUGAGUGACAGAGAGCCAACACCAUUAACUGAGGUACCAUUUGAUAUCUCGCUGCCUUCUAUAUUCAAUCUUGAGAGACUUUUCGAUCUUGCUAAUGGCUGUAUUAUAUCAGGAGGAAGCCUUUUCAACUGGAUAGUGUCGAUUAUUUCAUGACCUUCCUUUCCAGGGGAUGAAUAAAACUGAGAAAUCAAUCAAAAGUGUGACAUCAGAUUGAAGAAUUUUUAAACAGUAUCUAUGAGCCUUUGGAAAUGUGGUGAGAAGAAAUGAUUAUGAUUCAAUAUACUGCUUCCACAGAAAGUUCCCAUUCAGACUUGGAUCUUACCCCAUCUGAUUACUUAUGAUGUAUGCAGAUACUCCAGAUAUUGUUUUGAGUUUUUGCUAUUAUUUACACUUUUGUAAGUUUCUUUAGUUUGCUUUUAUUUUGUCCAACUAAUCAAUUUUCUUAGUGUAUUGCUUCAACUUCCUGAUUCUCUCCUGUGUUUUGAAAAGAAUAAACAUUUGACUAAAUUAAAACUACAUUCUGAUAAA